AUGGAAAGAAGAAUAACGAGAAACCCAAAGUAUGAACACAUCAAGACCCAAUUGGAUACAGGAUGCAGCCUUACGAAGCACGCGGAAAGACUGGACAAUAUUAAAAAAAAUUACAGCUACCGUGCAGAUGAAGUAUUUAAGCGGUUAAAGGUGUCAUCAUUUGCCCAAUUGAUACUUCAGGUAGCCUCUGUGUCAGACCUGAAUGAAUAUGAGAAUGAUGGUGACUCACACUGCCCAGACAAUGCCCUGUCAGAGAUGUCUGAUGCAGACCUGGAGAGUUUGUCCAAAGGGGCUCUACAGAUGUCACCACUUUCUGAUCCCCAUGAUGCAGGUGACACCAGGGAGAACUGCUACACUUCAAGGUCAACGCUGCUAAGCGUUGUCAGUGGUGUAGGAGAGCUGAGCCUCGACAAGAAGCGUCACAAGAUGGACGAUGAUGCUGACAGGCCCUACCCCGACUGCCCCUACCUGCUACUGGACGUGCGUGACCUGGAUCAAUACAACCGCUGUCACAUCAUCAGCGCACACAGUUUCCCGAUCGCCCACCUGUCUCGAACAAUGAACUCCUUCACCAAAGAUGUGCUGGAAUAUAAAAACACAGCAGGGAAGUUCAUUAUUGUGUAUGAUGAGAAUGAGAGAAUAGCCAGCCAGGCAGCCACCACCAUGUGUCAGCGAGGAGUCGAGAAUCUGUUUAUGUUGUCAGGAGGUCUCAAGGUAAUCGCUCAGAAAUUUCCAGAGGGGUUGACGACGGGCUCCAUCCCGAUCACUUGCCUGUCGUCUCCCACUUUGUCAAAGGGGAAGAAGGGUGCUGUGCAGAUGCAGGCGGCAGAGAUGAGGAGGCGCUUUACAUCAGAUGAGCUGACUAAGAUCCAGGAGCAGCUGGAGGAGAUACUCAUCCCAAGUAACCAGAGCAGCCGAUCCCGCCGCAUGUCGACCCUCAGCUCCCGCUUCUCUGCAUCUGGAAGGAACAGUUCCAGGAUUCAAAGCCGUCAACCCUGGAAAUAA